GUUCACUAUAUAGAGAGCUCAGUGAGCUGAUCACAGAGAAAGCAUUCUGCCAGCCGGGCUCCUAUACCCAAUCAUUUCCUAACCUCCUUGCCUUUUUAACAUAUUUGAUCACUUUGAUUCGGCUUCUUUUUGCACACCGCACGGAAGAAGAAGAACAGGAGGUUGUGAUCUUUUUUUGGGCGGCUUUUUUGUGGAAAAAGGGGGCAUCUCCAAUAAUAAUAAUACAUUUGCAGGCUCUCAAAAAGAAGGGAGAUUUUUGUGUGUGUGAGUGAUUCUUCAAGACUUGCACCGGAGCUGUUGGCCACAUUUGUUGUGAAGAAGAGCAGAUCCAUCCUUCCUCUCUUCACCCCCCCUCCAUGCUGCUUGUUCCGCUACUCGGCCCACCUUCCCCUCCGAUGGGGGUGCUGGAUGGCUGGCAGUAGGAGCCCCCUCGACUCGGCCUCGCUCUUGAGAAGCAGCCUCCUCUUCCACCCUCUCCAGUCGACUCAUUUCGGGAGUGGAACGAGCGCGGCGUCUCGGUGGUGACAUUUGGAGAAAAAAACAACUGAGGGAAAAACAAGAGAGACAAAACGGCAGACAAAAAGUUUCCCCCCGUUGACUGAUAGGCAGAUAUGGCAAUGGUAGUGUGGAGAGGCUCCCAGGACGACGUGGCUGACACCCAAGGCGCCCUUUCCUCGCAGACCCAAGGCGGACUCACCCUGGCCAACGCUCAGCCGGGCCAGCUGGGUCUGACAGCCUCGCAAGUCGCGCCUCCGACCCCGCAGACCCCGGUGCAAGGGGGCCCCAAUAACGCGCAGUCCACGCCGGGGAGCCAGGGCUCGCAGCAGGCGGAGAAGCAGCCGCAACACAUCGAGUGCGUGGUGUGCGGGGACAAGUCUAGCGGCAAGCACUACGGCCAGUUCACCUGCGAGGGCUGCAAGAGCUUCUUCAAGCGCAGCGUGCGGAGGAACCUCACGUACACAUGCCGGGCCAACCGGAACUGUCCCAUCGACCAGCACCACCGCAAUCAGUGUCAGUACUGCCGCCUCAAAAAAUGCUUGAAGGUCGGCAUGAGACGGGAAGUCUCUCUUUUUACUGCAGCCGUGCAAAGGGGACGGGUGCCACCCACGCAGCCACACCACGGCCAGUUCGCCUUGACCAACGGGGACCCACUCCACUGCCACUCCUACCUAUCGGGAUAUAUCUCGCUGCUGUUGCGAGCGGAGCCCUACCCGACGUCCCGCUAUGGCAGCCAGUGCAUGCAGCCCAACAACAUCAUGGGCAUCGAGAACAUUUGCGAACUGGCGGCCCGGAUGCUCUUCAGCGCCGUGGAGUGGGCCAGGAAUAUUCCCUUCUUCCCGGACCUGCAGAUCACCGACCAGGUGGCCCUGCUGAGGCUGACAUGGAGCGAGCUGUUUGUGCUCAACGCGGCGCAGUGCUCCAUGCCCCUGCAUGUGGCCCCUCUGCUGGCGGCGGCGGGCCUGCAUGCCUCGCCCAUGUCGGCGGACAGGGUGGUGGCCUUCAUGGACCACAUUAGGAUCUUCCAGGAGCAAGUGGAGAAGCUCAAGGCCCUGCACGUCGACUCGGCCGAGUACAGCUGCUUGAAGGCCAUCGUGCUCUUCACCACAGAUGCUUGUGGCCUGUCAGAUGUGGCCCAUGUGGAAAGUUUGCAGGAGAAGUCCCAGUGUGCCCUGGAGGAGUAUGUGAGGAGCCAGUACCCCAACCAGCCCACCCGCUUUGGCAAGUUGCUCCUGCGCUUGCCCUCCCUGCGCACAGUCUCCUCCUCGGUCAUUGAACAAUUAUUUUUCGUCCGCUUGGUAGGUAAAACCCCCAUUGAAACUCUCAUCAGGGAUAUGUUGCUGUCGGGGAGCAGUUUUAACUGGCCUUACAUGUCCAUUCAGUAGAGGAAGGACAGCGACAAACACACACACACACACACAGCAAGAUGGUGAUGAUGGUGUGUGUGCGUGUGUGUGUGUGUGUGUAUGUGUGUGCGUGUGUGUUAUGAGGGAGGGUGCUGAGAGACUAUACAAUGAUAGCUGCUUUUUUGUGGAAGGAAUAUUGGAAGAAAAAAGCAAGCAUGGGGCUGGCUUUCAUGAACUGUGAAAAAAAGAAGGACUGAACUGGCUGAGAACAUGGUUGUUUUUUAAUGAAAGGAAAAAUGACGAAAAAAUGGGCAUCCUUAAGAGGAAUUUUAAGUAUUAAGUGCAUUUGGGUAAAACAAAAAAAGGAGGGGAAAAUAAGGGAAUUUUCUUUUUAUUCAGUCAAUGACUUGUCCUGUGUCCAAAUGUAUAGUGUGUUUUUUUUUUUGUACUUUACUCCUUUUUUUCCUGGUUCCAAACCGGCUAAAUAUGUGACUUCUGUUCUGUAGUACAGGUGGUGUUAUUUUCUACAGAUGUGUACAAAAAAGAGAAUUAAAACCACAGCAAUAGGAGUUAUUAUAGACUUAUAAUCUAGGCUUAAUGCUGCAAGCGCACUUAUGUUCUCAUUGGAUGACCACUACCAUCUGGGAGGGUUACACUUAAUGCAAAUACCCUUUUUUUUAAUUAAUAUGAGCUCCUUACAAUUUUAAAGUUCAAAAUUGUUUUUUUUUUUUUAUUAUGGUCUUCCCAAAUUAGCAUUUAAAAAAUAAUAAAAAGUCACUUCCUCUGCUUUAAUUUAGAAUGAAACACAAGCGACCCUAUUAGGAGGACUCAUAGGACUUUAUUGAGGUGGGGGGGGGGUCAAGGGUCAUCCAAGUUUAAAGCCAAGCCUAUGUAGUGUUUAAUAGCAGUAUUAAAUGACUAAACAACCCUCCCCUUUUCAGCAUUAAGUGCCUGACAAGCAUGAUGGGAUUUCUCCACAAAAAAAAAGAAAAAAGUGGACAAUUUUUAAAACCAGAGUCGAAAUCGAACAUGGAACCACGCCGAUGUGAGGCAGUAUUGUUGUAAAUAUAGGUCAACUUGUUUCUUUUAUACCAGCUAUAUGUGAUGAAGAUAAAAUCUGUGGUUGCCAUUUUCUCUCUCUCUCUCUCUCUCUCUUGUCUUCAAAAUGGAGUUUAGCUAGUAGCACUGAAAAGUUCUGUUUGAAAUGUACAUACAUAUUAUUAUUAUUAUUAUUAUUAUUAUUACUACGACAUGUUUUUUUUUUCUUUAUUUGCUUUCAUGUAUAUUUAGACUGUGAAUGCAUGGCCACAGGUCGCUAACCUAUUUUACCUUUGCUAUAUAAAUGUAAAUGUUUUUUCCUCUCUUCUUUUCUUUUGGGACUGUAUAGAUAUAAUCUGUGCAUUCACUACACUAGCCCUUGUAUUUAAAGAAACACACACACACACACACAUACACACAAAGAAGCAAAGUUCAUCAUUAGGACUUAAAAAAAACAGGGUGAGCAGUUUUAAAAAAGGAAGUUAUUUUAACUUCUUUUUGAGGGGGUCUUUUGUCAAGUGUGUGUGUGUGUGUGCGUGUGUGAGAGAGAGAGUGUGUGUGCGUGCGUGCGCGUGAGUGCGCGUGUGGGUGCUUUUUUGUCCAAUUGUUUCAAGGCUUUUCUUCACCACAAUUCCACUUAAAAAAAUUGUGAGUGAAUGAAUUCUAAAAACAACAACAACAAAAAAAAGGGAUCACUGCUGAUUGAACACACAUGGACCAGAGAAUGAUACAUGAUUGUAAUUAUGAACCCACCUUUUUAUAUAAAUAUAUAAAAAUAUAUGACUGCAGGGUAUUGAUAACGUAUAGAUACUUUUUUUUUAAUGAUGAUGAUUAUUAUGAAUUAAUUGCAAGUGAUAUAUGUGAGUGUGUGUGAAAGUUUAUAAUAGUUGAACACGAUUCUUGUUUGUUUGUUUGUGUUAGCUUAUUGUAAAACGAGCAUUCUGCUGUAAAUUUGUUCUUGGUAUUAAAUUAUAAUUUAUGAAUUUGAA